GAAAAUGAGGGCACGGCCUUGAUGAUUCACGAGCCGGGUUUCCGGGGAGUUCCGCCUGUUAUAAUUAUAGGCCCAGUUACAUUACCUGAGGUGUGCUUUUCAUGUUUCUGUCGGGAAACUUAUUUCAAAACAUUUGGAGGAAAACUUUUUCAAGAUGGCCGAAGAAAAAGAAGAAAUCGUCAUGACUCCAUCAAAGAAGGGGAAAACAACACAAAUCCGAAUUGAGAAGAGAAGGAAGCUGGAUUUGGGUCUGGAUGACAGUGUUGAGCAUGUCGGUGGAGGCAGGCACAGUGGACUUGUUGUCAACAAGCAGGCCGAUACUGAUGACCUUGACCUUACCCGUCCACAGUUACAGAUUGGGUUUAACUGUUUCCUUGUCGACCAGAAAACUGAGCACAGGAUGGUGGAAUCCAGACGACUGAAGUUUUGGUAUGUGGAUGGAACAGAGUACCUUGACCAGGUUACAACAGCGUAUGAAUUUUUCAAGGAAUUGGUAAAGCCUGAAAAUUUUCCCAGAGAUUAUGUUGGUUUUAUUAAGAAGUGUAUGAAACAGAUGCAGAAGCCAGAAUACAAAUUAGCAAAGAUGGUAGACCUUGAAAUCAAGCUUUUGGAUGAGGAAGAUGCACCAUUAAGUCCUGAAGGAAUUGUUUCCACCACUUUGUCGGAGAGAGGGAGGAAUGCGGAGGAUAUUUUUGGACUUAACCGAGAAGACAAAAGACCCACAGAGGAUAUUGUACGUGAAAAGAUGCUUCAUAUCCUAGAGUCGGCCUAUCCUAAUGUCCUGGAGGUGGAAGAUCUCAUCAGAAUGACACAGGCUGAUGAAGCUAUAGUGAGGCUGCAGCUGUCAGAACUGAAGCAGCGAGACUUGGUACGGGAGGUGGAGAACGGAAAAAUAGUACGACAUGUACUGGAGGAUGACAAGACUGAGGUCCAGAUGGUGAAACAGAUGCCAACCAUUGCAGCCAACCAACAACCAACCAUAGCCAUCAUCACGGCCAACUACGGCGAGAAACUAGCUGUCGACGCCAUGAUGGAGAGCAAAACAACCUUUGUCAAAUUUAAGUCCGAAGGAGAAUCUAACGUGUACACAAUGGGUUACAUCGGAGAGCACCGUGUGGUGUCCACCAAGCUUCCAGCCAUUGGACAUGCUAGGGCAGCCCAGAUUUCAUCAGGAAACACAACCACCAGAUUACUAGGAACAUUCCAGAACAUUGAACAUGUGUUUGUAGUGGGUAUUGCUGGCGGGGUGCCUCACUACACAGACUACUACAAACACGUGCGCCUGGGCGACAUCGUUGUCUCCGCGUGUGACAGUGGGGACUCCCUCUACUAUUACUGUGAAAAAGUUUUGCGCAACAAAGAAGGUGAUAUUCAGUUCAAGUUCAAGACUUUCACCCCGAAAGAGAAGGACCUGCAAAAUGUGCUGGAGAAGCUCAAGGACCGAUCACGGAGGAAACCGGAGAAAGCACCCUGGGAAAAAUAUAUCACAGAGGGACUUGAAACACUCAAGAACCAGGAGGCUGAUUUCAACCGCCCGCCUCCAGAGAGUGACCGACUCUACAUGGGCAUUGGUGACGAUAAUGUUAUCGAGGUACAACAUCCCGAGUCUCCAGACUCUGUAAUGAAUCUCCACCAGGGUUCACCCAACAUCCACUUCAGCCCCAUCGGCUCUGGCCGCUUCUACAAGUCGGAGCAGUUGAGGAUGGACUUUGCUCAACGUCACGGUGUGAUGUGUUUUGACACCGAGUUCGAUCAGGUGUUGGAGUCCAUUGUUGGGAAUAGGAAGGACAGUUUCCUGUUCAUCAGAGGUAUAGCCGACUACGGGGAUGGCACCAGGAACAAGGAGUGGGGACCUUAUGCCUCCCUAGUUGCUGCUUCCAUGAUGAAGGCCAUUAUCAAAAUGAUCUCUAACCCAUGCCUCAGUGAGGAUGAGGACUGAGGUACACUCUAACCCAUGCCUCAGUGAGGAUGAGGACUGAGGUACCAGGAAGAAUGUUCGCCACCGGGAAAAAUACAAUCUAAACCAAAAUAUUCUAAAAAACCGUCUCAAGACUGAAAACAUCUGAAAGAUGACAUUGUGAUGAAGUGGAAAUUAACUUUUAAAAACAAUAACACUUAUUAUCCCAUUGGUGAUAAAUUAAGUGCCCUUUCUCCGUACUGAGGGAAAACAUUGAAUGAAACACUCGAUUUCAACUAUUAUUGCGUUUUUAAGCACGUUGGAAAAUAUUUCAAUAUGUUACCAUAAUGAAAACGAGGGGCAUACAGUGAUAUUUCUAAUGAUUCUACAUGUACAUUGGCAGUAGGCCGAGUUCUCUUUUAUCAUCACUGCAUGGAAAUAGAGAAGGUGUGUACUGUAUGAAUCUGUGCAGCAUAAUUCUAUCUCUCAUUUUGGCAAUCAUUUUGCACCAAUGACAAAAUCCUACAUUAGUUACGGUCUACUCAUGUCCCGCAAAAAGUGAGAAUGUGUUUUGAGAAACCAACGUUAAUAACUUCAGUGUAAGUAAUAGUUUCAUAAACCAAAACAAUUACACUGAAAGGAGUAGGAAAAAAGGAAAUCUGAAUAUUUGUUAUGAAAAACAUUUAUUAAAAAAUAAUUAGAUUCAGUAUUAUUCAAAUUUUAAUAAUUUUGAAAUGUAUGAUGAAUCUAAUAUAUUCAAUGGUGGUAUCUAAUGAAAACGGGAAUAUGGAAGUGAAAGGACAUGAAAGACUUGAUCACAUGUUUAAGCGGCCAACCAGAUAUUUUUUUAAAUCAUGUCCUAUUCAUCUAAGCAGCUGUACUAAAUGUUACGUUGUGUGCGAAUCUGUUAGGUUGUUGAAGCACUUCAUGGACACAAUUGUCACUACAUCCAGUUAAAAGGGAAUCGCAGUGAAAUUAAGAUUUAAAGAACUCUGCUAGUGUGUUAUUCCUAUUGACGUAUAUAUAUAUAAUUAAGAUAUUGUUUACCUGUUUGUAGUAAAUAUUUUAUCUGUACAAAAAGUGCUAUCGAAAUGAUUUGAGAUUAUCUGAAAUUUGCUCUCGGCUCAACAUUUUUUUUUCCACAAAAUUAUGAAAGUGUUGUACAACUUAUUUACGUUAAAGAUUGAUAAGCCUAAUUGUACCUAAUUGAUUAUGUCCAAGACACAUGAUAUAAAACAAUUUUGCACCCGAUUAAGAGCUAAGAUGAUACAUUACAAUUGUAAACUUGUUUGUAUGAGCCUCAAUAUUAUCUGUCGCGGGAGAUGAGAGGUGAGUGUCAAUGAGGACGCUGGGCUCAUGACUGAAGGGUUGCGGGUUUGAGUCACGGCACUGUGUUGUAUCUUUGAGCAAGAUACUUUACUCCGCUUGUUC